CCCACAGUGAACAACGUGUUUCAGGAAGAAGUUGGCGCCUGAAGCCCCGUAUACUGUUAGCUAACACGCUAACCGAAACGAUGAAAGAUUUUCUGCUGUAACAAUCCUGCCUUCCAUCGCUAUUAAAGUAUUCUUAAAUGAACGACAUGGAGUUCAGUGUCCCCCUGUCCUCACUGGCACUCCUGGUCCCACCGCUAAGAUUGAUGUCAGCAGUGAUGUGGGAAGUGGUGCGCCAGAGGAACAUAAAGCACUAUGGGAAGCUGGAGGAGUUUGUGUCCAUGGUAACAGAUGCGGUUCCUGAGCUGAUGAGUAAAAGAGAGGGGAGACUGCUCUCGCUGGGCCUGAGAGCAAGGACCACUCUCGAACUGUUGCGCUCUGAGCACCCUGAAGAUCUCAAGGCUGUCGAGAGCCACCUUAACAGAAUCCGCUCAUCCUGCAUAGAAGAAACGAAUGAUCCUGUAAUUGAAGCACCAGAAGCAAACUUUAUGAAGCUGGUACAAGGCCUCAUCGAAGACACUGAUGGCAGAGAACAUUUCCUCAAGAAUGUGUUUCCUGUGGAGUAUGGUCCUGACUUUGACACAGCACUGGAGACUCUGGUUUGUGAAUUCUUCACCAGGCUGGAAGAGCUGCUGCCAAUUCCAGAUUUCAAACAGACUGCAUCCUGGGUCAGUUCUGCUCCCUCUGUCCUAGAGGAGUACAUGCAGUGUGUCUCAAACGGAGAUGACCUCAAAUUUCUUCUCCAGAGUAAACAAUGCCAUGGAAAACUGGCAAAGAGUAGUGUUGCUCCGUUUCAGUCGGAUGAUCUUCUCAUUCCCUCGCUGUCUCUCCCUCCAUCGCUGGAAGUGGCCAUCGCUUCCCAUCCAAGUGCAUGUGAUGACGAAAACAACGACGUUCCUCAGAUCGUCAUGUUUGAUGAAGAACUGUCUACAAACCCUUCCACCUCGACCGACUUUCCUGAAUCGCCAAAAAGGACUGAUAUCUCCUCUUCUCCUCGUCGGAGACAGCAGCCGGGGAUGCACAAAUGCUCCGAAUGUGACAAAUGCUUCAAGCAUCACUCAGUCCUCAUUGAACACCAGAGAGUCCACAGCGGGCUGCAGCCUUACAACUGCUCUGAGUGUGGGAGGGCUUUCAGAACAGCCACGCUGCUGGCCGGUCACAGGCUCCGGAAAUGUAAAAAUGCUGCGUACCUGUGUAUUAAAUGCGGGAACAGUUUUCCAACUUCGCUGGACAAAUUCAGACAUCACUGUCCGAAAAGGGGCCGGAACUACGAUUGUGGGCACUGUGGAAAGAGUUUCCUAAAGUCCAGCAGCCUAAAGGAACACCUGCUGACUCACGUUCAAAGCCGCCUUUUCAAGUGCAGCCAUUGUGGCGUAGGUUUUUCAGGAAUUGGUGACCUGAAGUAUCAUCAACAGGUGGAUCAUGAUAAGCCCUAUCAGUGUAAGCAAUGUGGAAAGAGCUUCAUUUCCUCUAAGUGUCUGACCAAACACCAACAGCGGCAUGAAGAGGUUGGCGACAUGGUGACCACCACCAAAUUAAUGAGCGGGGGUAAACAUAGGAAAAGUGGCUCCGCUCACCGGACUUCCUCGACAUCUAUGUCCUCGAGGAAAAUGGCUGUCAAAGCGGUCUACGCACGAGGACGAGUCACUCACAACUGUCCGCUGUGUGGGAGGAGCUUCAAGUAUCGUUUUGAAUUUCUAGAACACCAGCGGUUCCACACCGCCGUCAAGCCUUACAAAUGCUCGCAGUGCGGCAAAGCCUUCCGCACAGAAGCUCACCUGUCCGGGCACAGGAAAAGGAAGUGCAAAAAUGCCGCCCACAUUUGCACCAAGUGUGGGUGUCAGUUCAGGUCUCUGCACGAACGCGUCAGACACCAGUGCGUGCAGCUGCUGACAAAAUACGAGUGCUCUCACUGCGGAAAGACCUUCAAGAUGGCUCACCUGCUGAGGAACCAUCAGAUGACGGAACACCAGCUUCCGUACAGCCCCAACCAUCGCUUCAGGUGCAGGUACUGUGACGAAACAUUCCCUGGGAUCAGCGAGCUCAAGUACCAUCAGAGGGUUGACCAUGAGAAACCCUACCAGUGCCAGGAAUGUGGCAAGUGUUUCCUGUCUGAGAAAUGCCUUUCCAACCACGAGCUGCGCCACAACGAUGACCGACCAGAGAGCUGCCUCGUCUGCGGUCGCGGCUUCAGAAACCGCUACGACUUGAAGCAGCACAUGCGCACUCACACAGGUGAACGACCGUACCAGUGCACUCACUGCUCACAGUGUUUCUCCACAGCGGGAGGACUGAGGAGUCACACAAGGGUUCACACUGGCGAGAAGCCACACGUCUGCCCGGAUUGCGGGAAGGCUUUCUCCCAGAUGGGCGCAAUGCGCACCCACAGGCUCACCCACACAGGAGAGAGGCCGUUCAAGUGCACAGUGUGUGGCAAAGGUUUCACGAUGGCGCAUAAAGUGACUGUGCACAUGCGCGUGCACACUGGAGAGCGGCCGUACGUCUGCUCUCAGUGUGGGAAAGCGUUCUCAGAUGGCAGCGUGCUAAAGCAGCACAUGCUGAACCACUCAGGGGUGAGACCGUACCACUGCCAGAUCUGUCCCAAGACCUACACCUGUCUGAACCACCUGAGGAGACACCUGAAAAGUCACUCUAACAUGAACUGAGACAGACACAAAGGCAAAUACAUACUGAAACACUGCAUUCAACGGAGUGGCUACUAGAAUGGAAAAGGACCAAUUAAACCAAGCAAUACAUGAAGGAACAUGAACAAUGUACGGUUGCUGUUGAAGUGGAGGUGAAAAGUUACAUUUCGUCUUCACUGUAAAGUUAAUGUUGUCACGACAGCUGUUUGACAGCCGCACAAGUAAAUAGUUCCCUUUUUUCUCUCAGACCCCAACAGGCUCAACAGCUUUUUCUUACAUCAGUUUGUCGUGCAUGAUUAUGUUGGGAUGUUACAGCAGAUGUUAUCUGGACAAGAUAUUGUAUGUUCAGAAGCUGUAAUAUGACUGAAGAUAUAUAUUUUUUGAAAGGCCACAAAAGUGAUAGAAGGGCAAAUUUGAGCCUUGUAAAUAUACUGAAAGAGUGCAAAUUUAAAAAUCUGUCACCAUUUAUUUCAACAUGACGUAACUAUUUCUUCUUGGCCUUUUAUAUCCCUGCUGUGGUUUGCAAGGUUUAUGAAGUGCAAAUUAAAAGACCUUGGUUAC